AUGGUGAGAAGUGUAGCUUCUAGUCCAUCCCAGACUCUAGCUCUAGUUCUGCAGGGAGAUCAAAGAAGGACAGUUCUUGACUGCUGCAUAAAACCCAAUCUGUCACUUAGCUCGAAGCAAUUAAAGAUGGAAAGUAGACGCAUCUUACAGAUAAAAAAAUACUUAACCAAAGGAAUUUAUCAAAAAGUAGUGAAAAAGUCGGAGACAAGAAAAAGAAAUUUCAGAAGAGAUUGCAAGGAGUUCCUAGUGAAAGACGGUAUCCUUUUCCAUAGAGUUAAAGACAAAGACCUCAGACUUGUGUCCGAAAAUGAAAAGACGGACAUUCAUGCUCAAGUACAUGGAGGUCACCUUGGAAUCAACAAGACGUGGCAGAAGCUCCGUUCUCGAUACUACUGGGCAGGGUCAUUUAAUGAUGUGAAGAAAUAUGUCAUGAAAUGCGACACCUGCCAGCGAAAAGAGCAUCUGAAGAAAGCAAAGAAACCCUUGCGCCCCAUAGCAGUAUCCGACAAAGCUUUCUCACAGAUUGGUAUGGAUUUGAUCGGGUCAUUGGAAGAAACAAAGACAGCUAAACAUGCGUCCACGCAAAUGGAUCCGUUAUCUGUCGUUCAUGGACGACAGGCAAUAUUGCCUGUAGAACUUGAUCUUCCCGUCACUGAUAGUUCUAGUACGCAGGUAGAAGACGAAGACCUUGCAAUAAAACGACGUGCUGAAGCGUUCCUGACUGUAAGAGAGGCAAGAAAAAGGGCCAAAAGAAGAAUAUAUGAAGCACAGAAAAAACAAAAGAGGCUUGAAAAGAGCAACGGAGGCAGAUUGAAAAAAUAUAGAUCCCCUGAUUCAAAAAGUAAGGAAGAGGAGUCUUUAAGUGACACUGAUGACACCAUCCUUUAUUACAAAGACGAAGAAACUCAAGACCACUUUAAAGAAGAUGAGCAACCAAACCAAGAUUGUUCUAAUAAUGUAUCUGACAAGGAGAAAAACCUAGCAAUGCAAGACAGUUUCAAUGUUUUAAAAGAUGAUUGA